AACUAAACAAACAUGGCGGAAGGAGAAGUAGAGGAAAACAGAGGCGUUAGCCAGUUAACUGUUGUUUCAGGUAACGUGUCUGUUACUGAGUCACUUGAAAAUGACAGCUUACAGAACACACAAGACCUGAAAAGCGUCCUCGUUACCAGCGUGUUAAACCUGGAGAAGUUAGACGUUGACCUGUACAGGGGAACACAUCACUGGGUGCCCCGAACCCAGCGUUUGUUUGGAGGACAGAUAAUCGGUCAAGCUCUGGUUGCUGCAGCCAAAUCUGUCGGUGACAAUCUUUACGCCCACUCCCUCCACUGCUACUUUGUACGAGCAGGGGACCCCAAAGUUCCAGUUCUGUACCAGGUGGACCGCACAAGAGAUGGUCGCAGUUUCACAGUGCGCUCUGUGAAGGCCAUCCAGCAUGGACAACCUAUACUGAUCUGCCAAGCAUCCUUCCAAGUGCAGCAGCCGAGCCCCCUGCAGCACCAGUUCACCAUGCCCGUGGUCCCCCAGCCUGAGGACUUGCUCACUGUGGAGGAGCUCAUCCACCUUUAUCUCAAUAAAUCUGACCUGACAGAGCGGGCAAAAGAAGGCCUUAACAAACUUCUGGCUAAUGAGGUUCCCAUUGAGAUAAAGCCUGUUAACCCUUCACACUUCUACAGACUGACUCCAGGAGAACCAAGACGGUUGUUUUGGGGGCGAGCACGAGGACAUAUUGGUGAUGGUAACAUGAAGCUGCACUGCUGCGUCGCUGCCUACGUAUCAGACUUUGCUCUCCUGGGCACCAUCCUGCUGCCGUACUCCAAAUACAAAGCCCGCUUCUCCGCCUCUCUGGACCACGCCAUGUGGUUCCACAACCCUUUCCGCAGUGAUGAGUGGAUGCUGUAUGAGUGUGAAAGCCCAUGGGCAGGGAGCAGUAGGGGACUAGUACAAGGCCGACUGUGGAGAAGAGAUGGCGUGCUGGCUGCGUCGUGUUCCCAGGAGGGGGUCCUGAGAGUAAAAUCAGCCACAGAGACCAGCAAACUAUAGGAACAUUCCACAGGAAGAUCUAUCAUGAGGUUUAAUAAUAUAAUAAUAAUAAUAUUAUUAUUGUUGUAUACAUUUUCUUCAUGGAGUCCCUUUAACAACACUCAGAAUAAUUUAACACAAAUAAAGGUGUCAAAUAUUUUUAUUUGAAUAUUAGUAUUUGAAUUUUAAACAUCAAUACCAAUAAAUGUCAAUGUAAAUUCAGAUUUUUAACAUUCAUAGGAAGCAUCCUUUUUUUCCCUCAUCUUUUCAAUGAAUGAAUGUUAAAUGUCAGUGCUGCACCAUGUGGUGUACUCAAAGUUUAAAUGGCUCUAUUUUUGCAUUCCUACUGAAAUCUAACAGUAAUUGAUUUUGAAAGACGUGGCUGUAAUUUAUGUAACUUUGAUUAAAUUAAACAUUAAAUUAA